GUCUUUCCUUCGGCCUAGGGACUUUAGCAUCGAGUUUACAGAAGCGUCCGAAAAUAAGCGAUCCUUAACACAAACACUUAGUUCGUUAGUGCAAGAACUGUCUUCUGCAAAAGCUGUGUUAUUAGCAGUACGUACCGAGAACCAGAUAUGUGACUGCAGGCGGACGGCGGCGCACAUUGCUAGGCGCAAAUAAUAAUGCGUGAGGUAACAGUAAAAUAAAAGUCCGUGAAACGUCAAACUUUGAUAGUUCCGUGGGGAUGCGAGUGUUCUCUUAAAUGGAUGGUGCUGAGUUCGAGGACGUUCAGAGUGUAGAAGGGCAGUUUCCUUCUAAAGUGAAACAUUUGUUUAGUUAUAUUGCAUGUGUGAUGAUUAUAUUUAGAUGACAAGUGAGUGGUGUACGCGAAACAUAGCAGAAUUGACCCUCAAAACAGCGAAAUUUAGCAAUUUUUAGCACGAAUGCAGUUUACAUACGGCGAAGUCCUACGAAGAUACCGCUGAGAGGAGAAGAAGUGCGUAUUUGAUCGAUCAGAGUGACAUUAGCCCGAAAAAGUGUACAAUGGACCUAAAUUUCGCGUAUCCUCGUUUGAUUGUAACACAGCUCUUCCGCGGACGGAAAAAUAGUUACAAUAGUACACGCAAAUACAAAUAUUAGAAAUAAGGUGGAGAGUAUUCCCGAAAACUUUAGGAAAGCGGCACGCGAGUUCAUGAUUGCGGCGUACACGACGCUCGAAGCAGCAGCGCGGGCGUAAAGUCAUUGACGUUUUUAGAAUGACGAACUUCGGCUGUCAGUGCGAUCGACGUAUGUCUGCGUAAGGCCGCACGCGUGUCGAUUGCUGAGAUGUUACUAAACAGGAGCGUGGUAUGAAGGCAGGUGGGCGCCGGACUGUGACUCAUGCUGUGGCGACGCCGCCUCACCGACAAGUGGACUCACGUCGUGCCAGCUGCCAUGCUGUGUUGCGGCCGGAGAAAGGAGGGUCGGGAGUCAACGGGCGAGAUGGCCACGAGCCCACGGCGCCAGGCAUCACAAGUGUCUGGGGCGGCCAUGGCAGCAGGAGUUCGACCUAAGGAGCCACCACCCAUGGUUGUGCAGGGAGAUUUUAGAAAGGUCAGUGGUAUAUCAACAGAGAUUUUUAGGCAAAUUGAAACAGUAGAAAAUGAUCAUGAUGCAACAACUGCAGCAGCCUUGGAAGCUGUGGAAAGAAGAGGAGAGAUGGUUGUACGUCUUCUCGACCCAAGGCAUUUGGGAAGAGCAGCUGCAGAGGCGGCAAAGAAGUUCUUAGCUUUACAGGAUGCCAAACACUUUGUCCACCUUGUGGAAAUUGUGAAGCGCCCUGGUCAAACUCUGGGUUUGUACAUCCGAGAGGGUAAUGGGCUUGAACGUUCUGAUGGAGUAUUCAUAUCUCGAAUUGCUCUUGAAUCAGCUGUAUACAACAGUGGAUGCCUCAAAGUUGGUGAUGAAAUUCUAGCUGUCAACAUGGUGGAUGUGACUCGGAUGAGUCUGGAUGAUGUAGUCAUAAUUAUGUCGAUACCUAGGCGGCUGGUGCUUGUGACAAGACAGAGAAAAGCAGGAAAAGGUGGUGUGGUCUCACCACAUCUGCAGCCCCGUUCAGAACAUAAACCACCUCCUGUUGUAGUCAUUAAGAAAGAGUUACGAGAAGAUGAUGAAAUGGAUGAUGCUGAUGAUUCAAGCUCAAGAAGGCAUGGUGGUGAUGGCAGGGAAAUGUUGCCAUCUUCUAGAUCUCGUUUGGGACUUGGCUUAACAGGGUUGGACACAGCUCAAGAUCUGGCACUCGAGAGCAAUGGUGACACAGCAAAUGGACUAGGGUUAGCAGAUCUGUAUUACAAUUCACGGCCUGAGCAUGCAACAGAUCAAACUUCAGCAACUGCCUCUUGGCCAUACCAGCCCCCACCACCACCUGUGAUAACUGAACAACCCAAACCCUCUUCUAUCCCUCAGCAUUUUCAGCCAUAUGACAGGGGUUACCCAAAAACUUUGGAAUCAUUAGCAGAAAAGGUGCAUGCAUUCUAUUCAGGACCCACACAGCCUGCAACUGGUACUUCACGUCGUUUAUCCCAGCCUUCCCGUUCAUAUUAUGGUGGCCGUAAGGUGAUGCCACGCUCAGGAAGUGAUCAACACUUGCCUCGAGUAGAGUAUGGACUAUCUAGCACACCACACACUCUCUUGCGGUCCAGUCUCAAGGCAGGCACUGCAGGUGCUGCCAGCUCAUACUCAGCCUCCCGUUAUCGCAGCGAACAGCCUUUUUCGGCUGGGACACUAACACGGAGACACCGCCCCUCUCUUGAUUAUGCAUCAGAUACAGAAGCUACUUGCACUUCUUCACCUCGCACUUCCUACUCUUAUUACAGGCAGGGAUUAAGCACUCCUACUACAUCAAGAACACCAACAUUAUCUCGAGCGCACACUGGAACAGCUGUAGUAGGAGGUGCAGUCUCAGCUGCUUUGCGAUCAAACUCACUGCCAAGAGACCAUAGAGGGAGAAGUCAUCACACUGCCCAGCAGGCAAGGCAUCAUGUGGUACACUUUGAAAGGGACUCCAGGGUGGCUCCUUCCAGCACAGGACUGAUUGACCAGGAAGACAGUGAUGGUGCAGUCUCUGCACCAGAACUACCGGUUACCAGGAAAGAGAGAGGGCGUAUUCCAUCCUCACCAAGUGUGUUCACAGCUGAUGAAUAUCGAGCUUGGUUGCAACGCACACCAUCUACAAGUGCAAUUUAUGAACGUCUCAGGGCAAGCAGAGAUGUUCUACAAGCACAGCGAGCACAAAGGUUCACAUAUAGUGCAGAAAAUUUGUUAGAUGGAACAAGACAGGAACAACCUUACUACUCAUAUCGACCUCAUGUGACAAGCACAUUGGAUAGACAUCAGUACUCAUCACGUUCAGGUAGUGGGACAGGUCUCAGUACGUCCACAGGCCGUGCCAGUUCCAUGCGACGCAUGCGUCAUUUGUUGGAUCUGGAAUCACGACAUAUCCCAAAUCCCUCUCCAACAAGAACUCAAGAUCCUCGCUCUCAUUUGCUGGAUAUAAAUCCUGCAGAAUUUCUUAAGUACAAAAUGGACAAACCAGUCACCGCUCUUGGCAGUGAACCAAAUGCCCCAGCAGAGCCUGGAAUCAGUGGACUGCUCUGGGUACAUCUUCUGGCUGGCAGAGGUCUCCGUGCCACUACCUCAACCUCAGCUGCUUCAACGCCAUCUGGGACCUCUGCUAUUGGAGGCAAUGCUACUUCAGGACUGAGAGAUUUAUAUUGUGUUCUGGAAUGUGAUCGGGUACACAAAGCAAGAACUGUUGUAAGGACAGGAGAUCUUGUGUUUGACUGGGAUGAAACAUUUGAGUUAGAUUUGGUUGACAACAGAGAACUAGAUUUCCUAAUAUAUUCAUGGGAUCCUCAGUAUAGGCACAAGCUGUGCUACAAGGGCUCUGUUCACUUGGCAACACUCCUACGAGAAUCUCCAAUCCACCAGCUUGCCUUAAAAAUAGAACCUCGUGGUACACUGUACUUACGCUUGAGGCAUACUGAUCCUCACCAGACUUUUAAACGGCGUGGCCCUGUUGGCCUGCACUUACUCGGCCGUCCUGGAGGCAAAGUUCUGUCUGGAGCAACUUCAGGAGCUCUGUUUGGAGCAGAUCUGGAGACAGUUGUUAAUCGAGAAAAUCUAACAGGUGGUGUGCCUGGCGGUGUAGCUACAAGCGUGACAAUUGCCACACAAGCAAGUUCAUCAGUUCCCAUAAUCAUCCGGCGAUGUGUGGAGGAAGUAGAGAGAAGAGGUCUAGAUAUCAUUGGCUUGUACAGAUUAUGUGGUUCAGCUAGUAAGAAGAGGAUACUCAGAGAAGCAUUUGAACGCAAUGCUAGAACAGUAGAUCUGUCACCUGACAAUGUUCCUGAUAUUAAUGUCAUUACAGGUGUUCUUAAAGACUAUCUACGUGAACUUCCUGAGCCACUUUUCACAAAAUGUUUAUAUCAAAUGAUGGUUGAUGCUUUAAGUGUGUGUCUACCUGAUGAUCCAGAGGGAAAUGCAAAGCUUAUGUUUUCAAUUUUGGAUUGCCUCCCAAAAGUGAAUAGGUGCACACUGAUUUUCUUGAUGGAUCACCUGGCAUUAGUGGUGUCACAGUCAGAGCGUAAUAAAAUGUCUCCUCAGAACUUAGCAAUUUGCUUUGGUCCUGUUUUGAUGCUACAGUCAGAAGAAGGACGAGAACUUGACUUCAAUCAACCAAUUAAUGUUCUACGAUAUCUGCUGGAGAUUUGGCCAAGCAAGUCAGUUCGGGAGGUCUUUGCGCCUUCACCUCAUCUGCUGGCAUCCUCCCAAGCAUCAUCUCUGCCUCCAUCACGUCUCCAGCCAGUGAUAAAAGCAGCCCCAGCAGUCACUUCUUCAGCAGGAGGGGGCCUGUGGUCCCUCGGUCGUGGAGUGCGAGCUACGACAGUCUCAAGAGGAAGGAAACCUCCAGAGACAUCUCAUCCACAACAGCAAGUAGUAAUCGUCUCAUCACCAGACUCUCCGACAAGUGAGGAAUCAUCACCUUCACCAUCACCUGAAUCAGAGGUGAAGAAGGCGGUGCCACCGUUAACACUUCAGCAACGCACGAGCACGUUGCGGAAAAGCUCCUCUGUGAAGAAGUCUGGAGGAUUCCCAGGAAGUCUGGUAGGUGCUGACAGCUUGCUCACUCCUGCAGGCAGGAGUGUGGAGGGAGAAGCUCUUGGAAAUUUAACAGAAGACCAACAGCAACAUCAAAUUCAGACACCUACAUCUUCCACAACAACCGAAGAUUCCAGAAAAGAAGGAGGAAGAGAGGCGGAUGAAGAAGGGAGUGAUGAAGUUAAAGAAGAAGAUGGCGAUGAUGAAGAUGGCACAUGUAUCGAAGAUAUUCAUGCCACACGAAUGGAAGAAGAAUAGCAGAGCAAGAAAUGAGAGAAAUUGAGUAUGCCUGAAAGAUAAAACUGUUCUUAUGUACACAUUUAUUCUAAUACACAAUGUACAUGUAAAGAGGACAGGGUGUACAAUUGAUUCACAAUGCUCAUUUAGUAAUUAAAGCUGUUUUCUAUGUAAUGUUUUUAUUUGUAUUAAAUCAAUUCAUUUGUACAUAUUUGCAUACUAGUGUAAUUCAUGUGAAACAUGGUUCAUUGCAUUACAGACAAUGCCAUAUUUUACUAAAAUGCAUCAAAAUGACUGACAAUGCCAUUUACAGCUAUCUGCAGAACGAACACUAUUUUUGUGUUACUAACUCAAAAUAUUUAUUUCAUAAAUGACAUUUUAUGUAUAAAAUUAUUGAGUUACUGGAACAUUUGUUAAACAUGUUAGUUCAACUGGUUCCAUAUAGCAGAUUUAAUGGUUCAUAUGUUGUACAGUCUGCAGUGAAGGGGCAAUUACUGUUUACUGUUCAGCUCAUUAUCAAUCCUAUAAUCAACUUAGUUGGAAUAUACUUUUGUACAUAACUAAUUUAAUGAAGCUGACAGGCAUAUGUUAUCACAAAAUAAAUAAUGCCUGUCAGUUUUAAGUGUUUAAAAGACCAAAUGAAAACUGCCAUAACGUAUUAUUAAAUAAGGAAAUAUAAAUACUGAGGAGAUGGACAAUUUUAUUGGUAUAUAAUUGAAUGUUUAAUGUGUGUAUGUGUUAUGUAGGACUGUGGUAAGAUUAAAAGCAAUUCUAGUUCAAAAACAAGUAUUUAUCACACCAUAAAUUAUAAUAUAUGAAUAUCUGCUUGCCAGCUAGAAUGUGGCUUGAAUGCAACACACUGACAUUUAUUAGCUGUACAAAAUUUGAAUGUUGUAUAAUUAGUUGAAAAUUUGUGGCAUUAAAUGGUUUCAGUGUUUUUUGCAUCCAAUCAAUUACUACUGUUUUCAAUGAGUUGACUUAUGUAAAUAAUAUUAUGUGUAUGUAUAAUUUACAUUCUGCAGUAGAAUGAGAAAACAUCUUACAAAUUUAUUUCCAUUAACAUUUAUGUACAUCGAAUUAAAUGCACAUGGAAGUAAAUUUUUGGAUAACUCCUUUAUGUACUACGUUAAACUUCUGGAAAAAUUUAUGUUAUCUGGAAAAGUUUAAUUUAAUUAUUUGUUUAAGUAAAUAUUUUCAUAAAAAAUAUUGUUUAAACUGGAUAAUUAUGGUAUGAGUGCUCUCUGUCUUGUUCUGAUUGAAAAUUAUUUCAGUUACUUGUCUACUUCUAUGAGCACCAACUUCUUGACAUUAUUGGGUGGUGUAUAAUGCAGUUAAGCUGCUGGACUUAUUGUUAUGCACAUAUUUGUUACUUGGCACUCAUUGGUAAGAGUGAUUUAUUUUGUAACCAGUCACUUACUUUGAAUAAUACUUUGAGCAUGGAAAAAAUGAGUAAGUCACACACAAAGUAACAUUUCACUCAAUUUCAGAUUUCACAUGUGAUAUAUAAUUUGUUUAUAAUCCCAUUCACCAUUCACAAUGAUUGUUACCUGUGUUAUUAUCUGCUUGUCAGCUUUUUACGACUUUUACGUCAUUCCAGAGACUAAAAAGCCAAGCACUUCUCUAUAUUUUCAGUUUUCUCAUCUUUUCUCUUUGGCUUAUAUUCUACAUAGUUUAAAUUAAAGAAUUUGACCUUGGCUGUUAUUACUGACUACAGGGUAAUGCUGAAAGGAUUAUAGACAUUGCCCAGUAGAUAUUCUCCUACUCAUAAAUUAUGCUGUCCAAAAUGUGCAAUCUUUUACUCCUAAAAGUCAUAUUUUUAUUAAUCAAUGCUACAAUACAGGCAUGUGUGUGAGCUAAUCAUCUUACAUAUUUAGCAACAUACUCUCCCCACAACCUCACCAAGUGUUGAUAGUAUUCCUAAUUUAUUCUAUUAAAAUCAGAGGUGGCUCUUGGUAUCUAUAUUAACAAAGGCUGCGAAUCUGCUAAUAAUAAACUCAGCUUCAUUGUAUCAGACAGUCCCAUAUGUAUAUAUAUCCUGCAAUUAUGUCCCAGAAUGAAAACUGUCAAAAAGAAAAAGAAAGAAACAUGCAGGUAAAGCACACUUUAUCAAACAAAUGCUGUUAGCAAGCAAGGACCUUCUUAGUAACUGAAAGUAAUAACACAUACUUUACAUCCUGAUUUCAUCUAAUUAUUUAUGAAACACUUGUUCAGUAAUGAACAUUUAUAAACCUUACAUCCCUUUAAUAAAGGGGAUAGAGUCACCAGUACAAGAAAUAAAGAAGCAUCCCAAACACUAUCAAAACUAUGAUAUUAAACAUCUCUUAGAAAUGCAUCAAAGCAUGACAGAAAGUUACAUAUAUAGAGUUCAAGAGUGAAGUUUUAGUCACUCUGUUGAUUUGCCUUCAUUGCAGGCAGUGGAAUAUGAAAAUCAUGUGGAGAUUGUGAUAAGAGUCCUUUAGUCUCCUCUAGUUGUGCCUUCUAGAAUCCCAUAAGAGAUGUACUCCAUAAAAGCCACACUUCCAAACUUCUGCUAGAUUGAGCUACCCAGCAUUUCAUGGUACAGCUUUAAGACUAAUUUUAAAAACUAUUUCCUGAACAUCACUCAGUAUCAACCAGCUCUAAAAUUUUGACUGUGAUUAAUUAAACCCAUAAGGAUAAUAUUCAAAAUGCUUCUUCUUAAUCUGAGUUCAAUAAUGCAUCAAUAAUAAAAUAUAUUGUAAAAUAUUUUUUGGAGCGAUUCCAUGUCACAGCCUUUAAACUAUGAGCCAUGCCUGAUUAAAAGUUACACCACAUAAAUGCUUGGUUACCGAGUGGUCUCUUAUGAAUGACAAUGAGCCUUUCUUUCAUAUUCUAGAGAGUUAACAAAUAGUAUAUCACAUAUGACAUCAGAGGCAUACCACUAACAGACAUUAAUAUUGUUUUGAAAAAUAAAGUACUGGCAAGUUAACUGGCUGGUUGCACAAUAAAUAUGAUUUUUAUUACUGUUUGUACAUUUUUUAUCUGUGUAUGUUUUAUAUUUACAUUGAUAAAAUUAGAAAAAAUUAUGAAACUGAAUAUUUAAAAUAACAGUUGUUUUUUCAUAAAACUGAGAACAGUUUUUCAGAAAGCAAUAAUUAUGGACAAAAAGCAUGCUUUGGUCGUUUAUAACUUUCAAAAUAUUUACUCUCUUGGUUGUGGCACAGAGCCAUAGUAAUUAGUAACUGUAACUUCAGUCAGGAUAAAGGUCAUAUUUGUGAUACACGUCCAACUGUGUUUCACUAAACUAAUGUUCAAUUAAGACACUGCUUGAUAUUCAUUCACACACACUAUUUGAGCUGCUUACUCACCAAACUGAAUGUUUAGAGAAGUGAACCCAAAUCUUCCCCAUUGCCCUAAAAGUUUUACUUUUUUUGCAAUGCUUUAAAAGGUGUUGCUAAGUUUUGUGAAGUAUAAUAAUGAUUUCCAGAUUAUCACCCGCUUAGAACUAUCUUCCAUUAAUUCUUCCAUUAGGUUAAAAAAGUUUUUGUCAGAUUUUAUUUUCAGUAUUACUAUUUCUGUCUGUGAAAUACUGAUAUUUUUACUUCUUUCGCAGUUCACUGUUGUGGUGUUAUACUCACAUGUCAUCUGAAAUUAUAUUUAGAUGUAAAAUUGCAGCUUUUAUCUGAUUUUGAUAUGAAUAAAUAUUAAGUAGUAAGCUAGAUUGAAAAGAACUGUAUUUUUUGUGUCUGGCUGUUUCCAGUCCUGUAAUGGAGUAACACAAUAACAAAACUAGAGCACUUACAGCCAGACAAAGUUAUUGAGUACAUGUGGUAUUUUAAAGUAGGCAAACCUUCAUCACUAACUGCACUGAUAAAAGUUAUAUGUGCUGCAAAGUACAUGACUCCUCUUCACUGGCUUUGGAGGGGUUAAGAAGGGCAGGGAUGUAUGGGAGCAUAAAUAGUAAUCACAAGCUUCUGUAUAAUAUUAGUAACAUUUCCUGAGUUUGCAUUUGUGGAAUUGAUUGCUUAUUUUAGUAAGCCAAAAAAUUUUAGUAAUGAGAAAGAGUUCAUGUCAAGAAAAUACACCAAUAAACCAGUAUGAUAUUUGUGUGCUAGAUUCUUGUGAAAAACACAGCUUCUUUGAGACUGAAACAUUUGGUAUUCUACCAAAAUCAGCACUAUUAAUAGUUAUUACCUGUGAAUUUAAAUAGAUAAUGUGUAGGCAUUUACAGAAUAGAAUUCAUAAUGUUUAUACAAAACACACAUACAGUCUGUGCAUAGGUAAGGACCUAUACGAGGAAAAAAAUUGGUAACUCUAAAGAAGAGUGUCAGCAAGGAAGUUUAUAACAUAUAUAUGUACAAAAUGCAGAUAGUGGUACUGGAAAUAUGAAAUGAGUUCUUGCAGUUAUGACUCAGUGUCUGCUAGAACUCAAUUUAUAAAUUUUUCAUAAAUGAUCUAUUUUUAUUUCUGAUUUCUUGUUAUUGGCAAAGAUCAGUAAAUACAUAUAAAGUAUAUAUGAAUCAUACAUCAUGUUUUCAAUGAAACAGAUACACUGUUUUCCACUCAAUUCCUGUAAUUUAGUUUUCUACUUAAAUGUAACUGCACAAAAUGAAACUGUGUGCACAGAGUUGAUUUAAUUCUUGCAUGGUGAGAAAUUGCAGUUGAUGACAGUUGUGGUUUUAUUAUUAGUUAUCUCUUUUUUAGAUGAUGCUGAUUCCAAAACUGUUGUUGAAUUAAUGAAAAAUCACUCCAGUUGCUUAAUUAGAAUUUUAUUGAGUCCACAUGACUGGUUUUGGCCUUUUUAUUUGGCCAUUAUCAGGUGUAUCUUUAAGUAACACUGUAGAGAAGCUAUGUCAACAUUCAUUUCACAUUGCUUCUCUACAGUAUAACUUUCAGAGACACUUAAUAAUGGCCUAAUAUAAAGGCCAAACAAUUUUUUAGAUUUAAUGGAAGUUCUAAUUAAGCAACUGGAGCAGUUUUUCAUUAAUUGGCUGUAUUCAAGUUGUAUUUUCUUACCAUAAACACAGAAUGAUAACUACAAAGUAUACUUAAGAUAGGUAAAAGUAUUGUUAUUUUAAUUGGGGAACUGGGAAAGUGUCACAACAAUGCAGAUCAGUAUUUUAAGUGUCACAGUGGUUGGGAAGGGUUACUUACUUUAUCAUCAGCUAAGCCCAUUUUAUUACUUCCUGUAGUGUCUAUCUUUUAUGUACAUACAUUCUAUCAAAUCAGUACAUACCAUCCUUCUCACUUUUGUCUGUUGCUGUCUCAGUCACCUUUACAGACAAUUCAGCUUUAUGAGGGAAAACAGUAGUCAAUUGAAAUCAGACCAAUGAAAGGUAAAUUAUGUUUGUGACAUUUAUUGAGAUAUAAUAAACAUUUUGCAUCUUGUGAUAUCAGAUGGAAGGUGGGGGUGGAGACAGAAUGAUGGCUGGUGGGAGAUGCUUGGCUAAGCCGCUAUCAUAUAAUCAAGAAAAGUACAUACAAAUCCAUUUCAAAUCACACUUAUUAUUUCUUUUUAUCUGCAGUUUUAAACAAAAAGAACCUGAUACCUGAAGUUUUCUAUUUGGUUUUCUCCUAUUUGCUUAGUGUCUUCAGUGGAAUGUCUAUAUUUGUUGCUGUGAAAAGAUGCUGAUUUCAUUCUGCCUACUAAAUUUUGCAAAAAGCAGCUAAGAAAUCUGAGUAGUGACACAGCAGAGUAUAACAGUUUUCAUUGUUCAUUAAGUGUGUACGUGAAUAUUUCAAGCAGAAAGAUAGCAUUUCAACUAAUCUACUAAAAUGAACCUCAAGUUAUAUGAUCUGUCCAUCACCUGCUGCUGAACAUUGUUGUCAUACUUUUUGAUAAACAUUCUGUGCCAUGUGUUUAUGAUUAUUGUAUUCAUUUUCUAGUGAACAGUUGAUGGAAAUUAUGCAUCCCUUUUAUUCACAUUAGAAUCACAACUUCAAAUUCACAUCUGUGUGUUCAAAUUCCAUCUAAUUUGAAACUGUAAGCAGCAUAAAAUUUUAACUAUAGUCUGUUUAACUGUUUAUAAAUGUACAUUUGUUGCAUUUGUUUCUAAAUUAUGAAAUGAAAUGUUAACAUAAAGUCAUAUUUGACAAAAUGAGAGUUUUACUGCACACUUAACCAGAGGUUAUUUGUUUAUUUUACUUUUACUUAUUGUGAUGUCUAAUAGCACCAAGGUCGUUACAGAAAAAUAACAACACAUAAUAAUGACAUGAUUACUAAUCAUUUCAAUACUGAAACUAUAUUACUUUUUAAAUAGUGAUAUGUAAGAUACAGGCCAGUGUGAAACAUCUUUCCAGUGCAUACUGAUUACCUCAUGUGAUAUACAUUAGGUUCCUUCAUAAUAAGGGCAUAAGAAUCAUACAUAAACUCUCUAUCAUAUCCCACAAUUAAUGGAUCACACACUUCACCUGAACUGAAUUUGCGAUACUGUUCAAAUUUGAAAACACAGAAUAAUCCUAUAUGACUGUAGAAACAUGGUUCAAAAAUAUUCAUUUUGGGACAGUAUUAAAAGUCUGUAUGUCCCCAGACCCACACUUCUUUUUCUGCAGUGCUUCAUUCCAGAAUGCUAAAGCAUUAACUCAAUGUGAAUUCCUCAGAAAAUGCAAGUCCAUCAAAAGUUUGAGUGUUUGUUACUGAAGCCCAUAGUUCAUUAUAUCAGUGGAACAGAAAACUAAUUAUGUAAACUGUAAAAAAACUGUCACAGAUAUGUAGCCCUCAACUAAAAUUUUAUUACAUCUGGAGUGCUUACAUUUUUUUUUUAGCAAUAACUGAGAAUAUUUUGGUCAUGUAACACUUUUCUUUUUCAAAAAUUUUGAGAAUAAGUGUAGUAGAGAUGAUAAACAAGAGAGACAAUGGUCAGAUUGUGAAGAUUCAAAUCGUAUUUAACACAACACAAUCAUAAAUUUUAAAAGUGAUCGUUAUUAAAAAUAACAAAGAGUUGCUUUCCUUUGCCUCCCAUAGGAACAACCUCGUAAAAAAAGAAAAAAAAAAAAGAAAAAAAAGCACAAAGAUUUCUGUUAUUAAAAGAAAUGAGGAAAACUUAAAGAUACAUGUAUCAACCUAAUAAUCACCAGGAAAAGGAGUUUGUUAUAUAUUAAACAACAAUUUUAAUUACUAUAUAAGAAAUUAAAAGCAGUUUUCUAUUAGUACUGAUCCACACUGUGGAUAUGUAACUAUAAUAUAUAUUAAUCAAGUAUUGUUUGACUGUUCAUCACCUUUGACCUCACCAGGCAGCAUCAAAUGUAACACAGUGCCUGAAUUAUAACAUUUUAUCAUUUACUGAUGAGCAUUUACGGUUGGAGUGAAGAGCACUGUUGCCUUCCUGCAGUCACUGACAUGCAGUUUCCUAUGGUUUUCUUGCUGGUUGCUGUUUUGUUCCCAGUGUUUUCUUUCGUGCGAAAGCUAUAAAGUCCAAUUCAUUGCCUUUAUCCUCCAAUAAAAGUUCAUUUAAAAUUGUUUUACCUUUCUUAACAGCAUGUUUUAAAUUUGCUGACCCCUUCUGGAUCUACGAGUGCAAUUCAUCAGUUUCAGAGGAUGUUCCCCAGUCGCUUUUGUGAAAAAGUUCACAGUCUUUAUUCUUUGAUUUUGUGUAGACUUAAGAACUUAUCACUGAUUACAGUGUUCAAUAUUCUUUCAAAUUUAUAUGUAACUCAUUGGCAGUCAUCUCAUUUCUGGUAUUUCUGUUUCUAUCUGAUCUGUCUACACUCGAGAUCUCCCAAUGUUUAGCAAAUAAAUUAGUGGAAACUGAGAUCUUGUUCAUUUAUAUCAUAUGAACUUUGUUAAAAUCGGAGUCAUAGAUGAAAUUUAAGGUUAAUUUUUCCUACUAUUUAUUCAAUACUUCAAAACACAAAAUUCAUUUUAAUAAAAAAACUUGUUGCUUUCAUCAGAAUAUGAAGUAGAUAUGGGCAUUAUAAUUGCAUUCUGUUGCAUCUUUUGUCUACUUGUUGAAAAAUCCGACUAUAACUUUUGGAGACUCUUACUCAUCUUUUAACAUUGUGUUCUGAAUCAGCUUUAAGUAAUAAAUUGGUUGCUUUGGUUAUUUAAGGGAGAAAGACCAAAUCAAGAGUCCAUCAGUAACAGGGAACUAGUAUUACAUUUAUCAUUAACAGCAUUUAGUUUCAGAAUGAAAGAAUGAAUAGCAUUAGUUUUUCCUUAAAAUUACAUUACAGAAUCAGAAUUCAAAUUUCACAAUUAAUAUUUAUAAUUAGGGCCACUUAACUUCAAAUAAGUGAACUCUAAGCAGAAGUAUAAAAAGAAAAUGACAUUUUAUUAAAACUGUGUUCAGGACAUGGCGAUAUCAUCACAUACAGAAGUGAGAUACAUGAAGAGAGAGAGAUUUAUGGGUUUGCAAGCGAUAUGUAUGCCAACAGUGUCAUUGCCAAGAAAUUAUGCAAUACCAAUUUUCUGUAUAUCGUUUAACUUCACUAUAUCAUUCACUUUAUCACUGAAUUUAGUUAUACUCCAUAAUGUUAAAUAAUACUUGUAAAACUUCAAAUUUUCUUACAGUGUAGGCUUUGAGAUACUUUAACCUCAUUAUCAUUAGAAUCACUGACAUCUUUUUUUCUCAUUUGAAAUAUUCUUACUACAUCUAGUGUUUAACACUUAAUUUUCUCUUCCUGCUAUUAUUAAUGUGUUAUACUGGAAUUGUUGAUUCCUAUAAUUUAUUUUGUGCACCCUCACACUAUUCUCCACCACCAAUUGUUUUGUUCUCUAUGUUUGCAUAAAACAAAAAGGGAAAUUUCACAGAACCUCCCUUGAUUUGCUGAAAUUUACUUUUAUGGCUGUCAUCUCGUAGACCCCCCUGACUUUGCAGUAUACUGUUCUGUGAAUUUUUUUAAACUUCUAAGGAAAGUCAGCACUUUCUCAGCAACUGCAUCAAAUAGCAAACAACUGACAACAGUCUUCUUUAAUCUUCAUUUUGUUGUACAUACUUCUGAAUUUCUCUGCAUAUUUUAUUAAGCUUUUUGUCAGUUACCUAUUCAUGUUCAUGAUAUUCCAGUCUUUCUGGAUCCACAUCUAUACUCACCGACGUAUUAGAAAUGCAAUUACAUGGAAGCAAUUGGUGCAUUAACAGUGUAAGUAAUAAUGUUCUGCAUAAAACUUCAGUUUUUCGACAUUAACAUUCUAUCAAUAACAUUUAGAAAAUAUGUUUUCAACUCACAAGACAUGUCCCUGUUACAGUCACGUAUUGCACCACUUCCAAUACCUACCGUGUAAAUAUGUAUUUUUUCAGUAUAGUAUUUCACUUCUAGAAGAAGUGGCCUUUACAUGACCUUAUAAUAUGGUCUUCGUUUGUUUCCCAGUUCUGUUAAUUUUUUGCAUCAUACGCAAAUUCUUUCAGUUACAGACAAUUUCCAGGUGACCCUCCAUAGUUAUCUGUUGAGCUGUUGAGUCCUUCCCACAUUCCCCAAAGAAAUCAUUUUCGCAAUGUAUCAUUCUUUUAUUUUUGUCUCUGAUUUCCCUACGUCCUUUCAGGUCGCGUAGUAAUGUUCUGUACAGCUAUUAAUUUCCACUACCUAUGAAGUAUUAGGGAUUCUUUAUAUGCAGAUUUCAUUAUUUAUAAUUACAAUUGCAAAACCCUUGAUUGCCAUUGAAAAAUAUGAGGGCUAACUUUGCAGCACAGUAAAAUAAUUUUGAAAUUAAUGCCCAGGUAUGAAAUGAUUAUCUUAGAUACAGCAAAUUCUAGUGACAGUGAAUUAUGUAGCUCUGUACUGAUCUGUUUUCAUUAUGUUUAACCAUGUCUGUACAAUUACAUAAGUAGGUAAACAAUGUAUGUGAUACUAGUACAAGAAAGUUAGACAAUGUGUUAUCAUCUCCAUUUGAAAUUAAUCACCUGUGGCAAAAGUGGAACCUGCCAUCAUUCAUAACUUUCAUUUUACCUUCUAAAAUUCACAAUUUAUCCUCAUUUGUGAAAUAGGUAACAGCUUAUUAGCAGACUUUAAGCAGGUUGUUUAAAAGUAUGCACUUUGUCUUUACUGCUUAUCACCUAGAUUUCUAAUUUCAUUUGCUUUCAUGUGUAUUUUGUGUGCAAGCAUUCUGUCAUUUUGCUAAUGUGCAUAAUAUUAGUUGUUGCAUUCGUUCAUCCACUUAAGCCCCAACCUCUCACACAGUUGUUGUCACAUAGUUGUUAGAAACCAAAGCAAAUCAUUAGAAGAAGGAAAAAUGCAGUCAUCAGUUACAGAAAUGUGUUAAACUUAACGUUUUGCAUGUAUAAUAUGUUACAAUUUGAUCAGCAGUAUACUUGGAUUUUAAUAUGGGAGCUGAAAAUAAAUCCAUUCUUUAUAGAAACUGUAUAUAGUGCGUUCUAUUGGCAUGUGGAAAGUUUAUCACAAACAACAAAUAAACUUGUCCAUAUUAUUAUGAUUAUUAUAAUUACUAAUAUUAUCUCAGUUACUAAUUAGACACAAAAAACAAAAUGGUUUACUUACUCAAGUACAUAUGAGUAAACAAAAUUAUUUUUCUGUCUUCUGGAGCUGAGAGACAGAUUUUUUUUAUUUCAAAAAAGAAAGUAGUGACUUUGUUUUGCAUAUUAAAGGCACAUAAUAGAGGAUAUUUUGAUACAAAGAAAAGAAUGCCACUAAAAAUUCGAUGCUCAAAUGACAAGGAGAAACCCCUUGCCCCCUUCCUCUUCUUUAUAUAUAUCAGCUUUCCAUUAUUUCUGUUUCGUUACAUACUGAGUAAAAUAAAGUGAUUUCCUCUGGCUAUUUAUACUUCUUUCAGAGUGAUUAUGGUCUGAAGCUUUUGUGGUUAUAAUGUAAUACCCCAAUUCAAAUUAUUCUCAAUAUUUUAAUUUUCAUUUUGCUUCCUCUAAUUAGUAUAUAUGGAGUGAGUCAAAAGAAUUAGUGCCAGUGAACAAACCAAUUGUCAAUGCAAAAAAUAAUUUAAUUUAUGAAAAAUAAGGAAAAAAGUUAAGAGACUUAAGUUUCUUCUUAUUUCAAAUUCUAUAAUUUUGUACUCUAUUGCCAGAUUUGGUAAUAUGUUGACAGAUUUUAUAUCAGUACACAAAAAUACUCAGAAAAAUUAUGUAUUAUGUAUUCUGUUACAAAUUAUUUACAUAAAUGACAAAAUAAGAAAAUAAGGAAGUUUCUCAGAUAGUCUGUUAUGUACAUCAAAGUGUUACAUUUGUCAGCUAAAAAUUUCUGUAGCAUUUUCCACUAAUCAAUUAAGACACUUGAUGGGUUGGGAAGGGAUGCAGUUAUGAUUCUGCACACCUCCAUAGUAAUUUCAAUGACUUUAUUGGGCCAAGAGUAUAGCAGAGCACCUGGAAGUAUGAUUGUAGAAAUAAGACAGAAUUAAUCAUGGAGGAAAUCAUUCAGUUAGGAGAAUGCAUAACCUGCCUGUGUAACAUGAGAACAGAAAAGAGAAAGAAAGGAAUCAGCUGAAGACUAAGUAUUUGAAGUGUAAGGGUGCAAAGGAAAAUUAGAUAUAAGGUACUGAGGAGUUAAAAGACAAAAUGAGAAGUCAGAGGGUGAAAAAUUUAAGAGAUAUUUCAAGAAAUGGCUUAUCAUCAAGUGUACAUAUGGCCCAGAAAUGAAUCUUGGAUUCAAGUAAAAAUAAAAUCUAAAAGUGCUGUACUACUAGUUUUUUUAUUGAUAUUAAAUGUACCUGUGGAACUGAAGACUAUGUGCUACUAACUAAGAAUUUGUGAUAUUAAUUCACAUGUGAAAGAAUUAUAUGUAUAAUGUUAUAAGGUAAGCUUAUGCAUGUUUUGUCACAUGCUGGAAGUAAAUAAAUAAGGAUUGGGUUUAUGGCAGCAGCAGUCAGGUUUCUUAAACUGACAGUCAAUGAUUGAAACCAUGGGUUUUACAUUAUAUAGUUUUUUCCACAAAAACAAACACAGCCUAUCCAUUCCAACAUGAAAUAGGACACCACUGGAAUUUAGUUAUUAGUCUUUGUUUAUCCAAUUCUUAUGGAAAAAUAAUUACAACAAAUUCUAUUGAAUAGUUUUAGUAUGGUCAAUUUGUUGUAAUUUAUUUAUCAAAUAUUCUGCCCUGUUCAUUUCUUGUGACUUUGCCAAAUAGUUAAUGUGAUGCGACAGUAUUCUCAUGAAUUUCUGUCCCUUCAAAAACUGUACAGUGUGCAUGUAGCAGCAGUCAGUUUUAUUAACAUGACUAACUUUAUAGUUAAGAAUUCUAGGCUUCUCAAGUCUGUGCCUGUAGUUAGUAGCAAAACAAAUUAACUGCCUACAGCUUUCACUUUAUUUGGGUUAGAAAGAAGAUAAUUCAAGGCAAUACAUAAUUAAAGUAGGCAGUAACACAUUUGCCAAAAUCAUAAUAUCAGUACUAUAUACUUCCUUCACUUGAGUUCUGAACUUUUCUUCUUCACAUGUAUAUUGCAAUGAAUGCAUUCAGAAGCUGUUCUGUAUUUGAGAGUAGUACAUUGAAAAGCUGUAGUUCACUUUAAUCACUAUACUUCAUUCAUACAGCACAAAAUAUUUACACACUUUCUCAUGGUAGGAACAUAAAAGUAUCAGUGUAAGUAGGGGCAAGUGAGGCUGUGAAAGCAUUACUAUAUCCCAUUUGGUCAAAUAUGGCUUUUCUAUGUUACUGAAUAUUUGAAUUUUUAAGAAAAAUCAAAAUAUUAGAAAACAUUUCGCUUAUGGUGCUAUAUGAUCAGUGGUUUCCGAAGUUCCUAAUUUUCUAAAUCUGUUGCUGUUAUGAAAUGCACAAAUGUCUAGCAACAAAAACUGGGAAUAUGAAUAUUAUAUUCAUAUUUUUUAGAGAAAAUUUCAGCAACAAUGAUAUUAUUUUGUUGAAUGUUAUGAGUUCAGUUUACUAAUGGUACAGAUAUUACAAAGAUGUCAUCCUCUUUUCAUCAGAAUUGUCAAUUAUUUAUUGUAGAUUAAAAGGGAAUAUAUCCCAGAAUAAGAGUUUAUACUGAGAGCAUUCAGUGGCAUGCACCAAAUUUUACACCUCCCUUAUUUAUGGUGUCUCAGUUACUUUUUUUUAUUUCUCCAGCAUAAUGACACAUUCAUUAAAUAUUCAGACUUAUUAAAAAAAACUGUUGCCAUUAACAUAUUUAUAACAACUGUAUCACAAACAUUUCCAAACAAACAGCCCUUCAUAACAAGCAGAUGGUCAAGAAAGGAAGAUAAUAUGGGAGUCUGUUACGAAAAAAUAUAUAUAUAUAUUUAAACAGCUGGAACACAAUAGAUAUAAGAGAAAUGUUUCAGUUUCAUUAGAUUAUUGUAGUACAGAAUCAUAAUAGUCAAUAACUAUUGCAAAUCAAGAUUGUAAAGAAAAUAUCUUACUUUUUUAUAAGUAGUUCAACAGAGCUUGAGGGAAUAAAGUGGUAUAGAGAAAACUGCCUUAUUUUAUUAUUAAUAUGAUACUGUAUAGCCCUGGGUGAAAUACAAAUAAUGGGAGGAACAAAGUUAAUCACUCACCAUAUAGCUUAAGUGUUGGGUGUUUAACAGGCAUGUAAAUAAGACUGAAUGUUGCUGAGCUUUUGAACAAUGUUGUUUAUGUGCCUAGCUGCCAUUCAAAGCUUCAACUAUGAAGUGAGUGGCUACCUUUACUCUCUCCAUUAUUUAUUAUAUUAUUAGUAGUGUUACAAAAGUGUUUCAGUGUUAAAACUCAAGGAGCAACAGAUAGAACACUAUUGUGCUUCAUGACUUUAUAACAGGUAUCAGUAGAUGUUUCCUCUUAAACUUACUGUAGUGUGUGACAUUAAAAGAACUUGGCCAGUAAUUACAACUGUAAUUGUGCUAUAAUAUGAAGAUAUGGCCUGUUGUGUGCUCUAUCCUAAAUUACAGAAAUAACUGCAGAGUUGAGCACAUUUUAUCCAUGUAUAUGACAUGUACCGUGUACAUGCUAAACUAUGAAAAGUAAACUGCUUGUGCUUGAUGAAGUUUCUGAGGUUCACAACUUCAGUGUGGUAUUCUCAAUUUCUUGUUUGAAUAGUCUUACAAAUGUAAGUGCCUUUGAGAAUGAGGUGAGCAAUUAUUCAAUAAUUAAUGAAAAAUAUAUAAAAUGAACUGAUGAAUCAUUGUACAAGCACGUAAUGUGCAUUAUUGUUUGAUGUAUGUAAAAGUGGUCCGAAACCCACAUACAAAUAAUAUGCAACAUGCAUAUAACAUACUGUUUCUUUCAUAAUGCAGAAUAUUAACUAUAAUGGUACUGAUGAUAAAAAUCACACAGGUGGUUUCUGUUGUGCAAAGAAAGCUAUGAAUUUGGGUGGAUUAACAUCAGAUUCAGUAAUGUGCAAACACUUUUAAUGAUGAUGUUAAAUAUAAAAUAUUAUGAAUUUCUAAUUUUUCCCUGCUCAUAUUACAUUAAACUCUCCUAACUGGAACUGUAAAGCCACAAUUUAAUUACAUAAAAUCUGUCUCAGGGAAACUCAUUUAUUAUUUUUAGCACAUACAGUGGUCUGAUUAUUCUAUGAUAUUAAAACAAGCAUUGCUGAUAAAUGGUAAAUUAUGUAUCAUGACUCACCUUGAUCAAUAGUGUAUUAUAAAAAUUUGUGUAUGGAGAUCACCUGUGAAGAAUAAGGUUAAAAUUGGAGAAAUUAUAGUCAUGAAAUAAGGCUAAAAUAUGAACAGAUACCAUCCCAGACAUUAUAUUCUAGUUAUGGUCUUUCAACUUUUGCUUCUGUCCAACAAGGUCCGUGUCUCACAAGUCCUACCAGUAUGGUUUUAUUUUAUAUGAGGAACUCUAGUUUAUCUGAAUCAUAUAAUUAUGAACAAUUUGUCCAUGGUUAAAAAUUAUUUUAUUUGCUUUUUUCCAGAGUUUCACCUUGCAAAACAUUUCUUGAUUAGACUACUACAUAACUCAGAGCAAUUUUUUCACCAAUUAUCAGAAGAGCAAAAAUGCUUUUCCAUUAAUGUAGAGCCAAUAGAUAUAAAUCUGGAAUCUUGUAGGUGUUCUGUUCCUUUGUUAGAGUAAAUCUUCACCUUAGUAUUUCGUAUGAACUGUCUUGUUUCCUUUGUACUUAUGCAUACAGAUUAAACCAUGUUAAGUAUUGAUUACUGGCAAACAACUUUCCUACAGCUGUUUACACAUUGUUUUAGCACAUUGCUAAAUAAUUCUGUUUGCUAGGCUCUCAUCAACAUUUACUGUGCCCAUAAAUAAAUGAAAAUUACAAAUGUUAAAUGAAAUAGCUUUCUAGAGGCAAGUGAUUAUGACUGCUAUUCACAAUUAAAAAAAGUCAUCUAAAUAGGGAUUAUUUAUUGGCUGACUUAAUAUUUCCUCUGAAGGUAUAGACACCUUGGUCCUUGUACAUGGUACACAUCUGAAAUACAGUUUUUGACCUAGAGUCAAACUCUGCAGGUUUUUUACAAUUAACUGCUUCAUUUAAGGUGAUGUUGGGGUCUAAGACAGGAAUUGUAACUCAAGUUCAGAUUUUACCACUUCUCAAAUAUUCUCUCCUCUUUAGUGGUCCAUUAUAAUUACAUAUUUUUAUUAUAAUUCAUAUUUUUUAUGUUACACUGGUCAAAUUAUAAAUCAUUUUCAAAGAAGUAGUAUCCACAUCACAUCUCUCCUCACUGUCUCGUGCUCCAUUUCUUUCUUUCUUCCUUCCUUCCUUCCUUCCUUCUUGAGUAUCACUGCAAGGAAAAACUUUUUUGUUUACAUUCAACAAAGAGUUAAUAAAGGUAGCUACCAUAAAUAUGUAAGUCUUCUGGUAAGCUGUUCUUCAUUCAAUAUUUAUUAGUAUUGCAAACUGAAUCAGCCUGAAUAGUGAGUGUAAAAGGAAAACACUUGCUUUUUCCAUGACAGUUUUUCUACAUAUUAACAUUACAAAUGUUCACAUAUUUUCACUUUACAUUUCCAAUUAUCAUUUACUUCAUGAAAUAUUGCAAAAUGUUCCAUACCAUACACUUAUUUAUACUUCUGUAGUAGCUGUAUAUUUUUUCCUACCUCUUGAACUAUCCCCGAUUUCUAGUUACACUUAUCAAUCUAUUGAAACUUGUAACUAUUCUCUUUGUUUACUAAUCAUUAGAGACAUUGACCAACAUUUAUUUUGAGGAAACUACCAAACUCUUAGAAUAUAGCAUAUUCACUCAUCCAUGUCACUGAGUUCACUUUCCUGUAAAGACCAUUUAUCUAACAAAAAUUCACUAUUUUCUUCAUGACCAACUCAUUUAUAUACAUUAAUUUUGAAGUAAAAUAUGUUCAAUCCACAAAUACAGCAUGUGAGUAUGACACUAAUUAAUUUCACUGUCAUAUCCAAACUGUCAUGAAAAGAAAGCAAAAUGUAUCAACAUUCACCCACAGCCUUUGUGAACAGGUGGCAGUUUGAACCAUGUCAUCAUUACCACUAUCCUAUUGUAAUAAAUUCAUCAUUUAAGAAAAUGGGCUUCUGCUCACCAGAGUGCAAGAACAAACAAUAUUUGUGAAGUUUUUAUAUGGUGAAGAAGUACAAGAACAUUAACAUCAGCUAUAGGUCAGUUAGAUAUAUGACAAUUUACAAAAACGACUUAAGGGUGCUAAACUGUCUUGUUGUAUAAGUGAACUAUAGCAGUUUUCUGACAUUUCCACCAUCACUGAAUUUAACCCCCAUUCUCUCCUAACUCCCCUCUCUUCUCAUCGCCUCUCCUCCCCAAAAACUUAUUGUUCUUCUAGUACUUCCUGUGGUGGACUAUUUCCAUUUCUUAUAGCCAAAAAGAAGGAAUACAGUCUUGAAAACUUUUUUUUUAUCUUUCCAAUCUCAAUUUUCUUCAUUUUUCCAGACAUUUGAGAGUCAUGAAAUACCAAACUAAUGUUUUUCCCAUUAUUCACAUGUAACUCUCUACUAUCAAAUGUUGUGUAAUAUAUUACAACAUUCUUUGAAACAGUACAAGGAGAUAUGCACAAAAAUAAAAUUGAUUGUAAACACAUUAAAAACAUCGAAUGAUUAUUAACUUCAGCAACCAGUAGUUAGUGGUUCCACUAAAGCAUUCCAGCAACCUUCAACAAAUUUUUGGACACUGACAUAUGAGCAAAUAUGACUGUAUUAAUUACAGCUUGUGUCCAUUUAAAAAAGUGAAUACUUACAUUACCUGCAAGCCAAACAAGAAAUAACUGUAAUAUGGUCAUAUUCAAGCAACUUUUGAUGCUUAGAAAUGACAUUGAUGUUAGUAUCUCUAAAAUAUAUUUUGAAAGUUGCCAUUCCAUUCACUUACAAUUAAGAUAUAUAUAUUAAUAGUUUGAUAUUACAGCAGACAUUUCCUUUUCCUUAAAAAAUAAAGUGAAUGAGUGUGGAGGCAUAUGAAUAUGACAUUUAUAUGGUCAAAAUCUUAAAUGGCAAUACAAAACAUGUAUCAUAUACAAGGCAACAGGGUAAAUUAAUUUGAUUUUUGUUUCAUCUCGAGAUGCCUUUUUAUAUUAAACAACAAAAUGUUAACUCUAAAAGUACAUCUACACAGCAGCAAAGACGUCUUUCAACUACUGAAAGAAGUGUGCAGUGUUUAGUCUCUAAGAAAAACAUGUUUCAGUAAUGCCAAUUAUUAAUGGUAGUAAAGAGGACAGUAUUAAAGGCUGGUGAAAUAAGUGUUCUGGAAAGUACACAUGCAACAUCACUGCCAUAUGAAAUUUACAUCCAGUAUCCUGAAAGUUAUAAUAGAAAAAAUAGUAAACAGAAGCAAAUUUGUUGAAUUUCCAUAUUAGCAGUAAUAAUGGAUCAUUGCUUCAUACUGUAACUUGGUGCAUUACAUGGCUGUUACAAUGUAUAAGUUUCAUUUUGUAACUAACACAUCAUAACAGUUAGGCAAACAAUGAAAUUUUUAUGAAGUAUCAUAGACAAAUUUUAUAGAUAUAUAUAUCACCAGUAUAACAUAUCCAUUUAAGCAGAAUGACCACUUACAUUAUACAUCUUUGCUUUAAUACAGUUUUUUAUGCAAAUGGUACUCAACACUCUGAAAAUGUACAGCUACUUUUACUUUUCAUUUCUUUGACAAUAUCAUAUUCGUGAAACUAUUGGAGUGGUUCUGAUUUCAAUAAUGCACCAGUUACUGCAUUAUUGACAGUCAUGUCUUCUCCUACCUUACAUUUUUCUUUCUUGUCUUAGUUUGUAUAGCUAAAAAUCAUUUAGAGAUUGCUUGGAUAGGUAACAAGCAAAUUAAUUUUUAAUUUAUAGUUUAUUCAUCUUGCAUUUAUCUUCAUAUCUCCUGUAAAGUACUUCUGAGAAUGUAUGGAAAACUGCAGCUCCCAUAGUAGGCUCCUGUAAUAUGUGUUAACAGCAGUAUGAUAACUGUUACACAUUUCAAAUUUCACAUUGGUAAAUUCAUGUGUCCAACAUAAAUAUUUCAGUAUUAGAUUAAUACUAAGGUAUUCUAGCUGCAGUAUACUCCCACCUCCAUGAGGCUACAAAUGUAUCAUAAGUUACUUCCUUGACUUCUUCCACUAUUGUAGAAUUGAUAUUUAUAACAAGUGUUUCAGAUAAACAAUUAUUGGCAAAACUAUAUGGCAUGCUACUUAUAAAUGGUGCUAAAUGAACCAAGAUCAUUUGCCUGUAACAUAUGUUGUAUAUUUCCUGUUUUACAUGAGUGUAAAAAUGCUGAACUGAAUGAAUGUGGAUACAGUAUGUAUAAAAUUAUGUAAUACUUAACUUACCUCUAAUGUAAGCAUGACUGUGUGUGUAUAUGUGAGUGUAUGCAUACCAGCAUGCAUGUUGUAUGAUGAUAUGAAACAACAUGUAAGUUAUCAUUUUAUAUCCCAAAUUUUCAAAAAAAAGUCGUCACUCUUUGUUACUAUUUCUUUGAUCCUCACUAACUAAAUAAUAGAUUGUAUUAAAUUUCAUGGUAAUUAAUUUAAUCAGAACAUUGAAAUGUGGCAUUUAUUUUCUUAAAUUAAAUGUUGUUAUUUAAGUUUGUACCGAUUUCUUUGUGCUACUAAAGAAAUCGAUCUGUUUCACAGGAGAAAAGACAAAUUUGACUCUCUGAAGUAUCCUCAUUUAUAAUUUGUGCCACUAAUGAUUUGUCUGAUUCAAACACCAUUAGCAGUUAGCUUGUUGUGGCAAUACACAUGCACAAAUUAAAUUGUGUAGCAAAUACAAUUAAUUUAGUAUAAAUUUCUAUUUUCUGGUACAAAUCUUGUGUGCCCUGCUUCUUUCCCAUCAAAGCUUGUUUUAUAGAGUACUAGUAAUGAACUGUGAGUAUUAUGUUGAAAUAAACAGUACAAAAUUGUA